UGAAGGAAAGCGAAACUUUAUCUUGGUUAUAAAUUAUGUAUGUUUACAAACCAAUGCAAAGGUUUUAGACCUAGUUGAUAUAUAUUUCUGUUGCUCCAAGUGACUUGCUCUUUGGCCUAAAUGUGUAUUUUAUAUUUUUCAAUACUGUUAACAUGUUGAAGAUAUUUCUUUUCAUAGCGUUCUUUUGCUUGAGUGAUAUAGUACGCAGUCAGACUGUUUGUGACUGUGAGGAUGUUUGGGUAGUGCCAGUUGACAUUAAUCAGCUUGCAGAAGCAGACAUCCUCUAUAGCCAGGUUUCUUCGACAGCAACCCAGCGUCUUUUGAUAGACAAUGUCUGCUACUCACAAGAAUUGAAUGACGAUGGUGUCCUCAACGUGGGGAUGUCUAUUACAUACCAAAACGGUUCAGUCGUCACAGCAAACGUUGAGCAGAGUCAAAUUGAACCUGGAAUCUUCCUGAUAUCUGGAGGAGCUGAUUACAUCGAUUACAUUAUUGGGGAGCCAUGUGACAGUGUGUACGUAAUAUAUCGCUGCUUCUAUAAACGACGUCGUAAGUAG